AGAUUGAGUGAUUUCCUUUUGGACAAAAGCCUCAAGAAAGUUGCUGCAACUUACGUCUCAUUGUCUUUGUUUUAAAGCUUUCUUAUUUUUUUUUUUUUAAGCUUUCUUUGCCCAAACUAACAUGGGACUUGUAGUAAUGUACUGAAGAGUUCUCAUGGUGUUUUGGGCCUUUUCAAAGACGAUAAACUCACUUGUGUACCCACGCACCUGAGAGGUUUCAAAUGUCUCAGUAGUGUGGUUUAAAAUGCAACUGUCUGCAUGUGGGAACAAAAGAUAUUAAAACAAGCGGCAUGUGUUUUACAAUAACAGGCUUUGAAUUUUCUCAGAGAAAUCUUUUUUCUCUCCUGCAGCACCAUGAACACCAGUUGUUCCUUUGUUGAGGUGGACAACACGAUGAAAUACGUGGAGUUGAUCAUCUACAUUCCCAUCUUCCUCUUUGGGACUGUUCUGAACGUUUUUGCCCUGGUGGUGUUUUGCGUGCGGCUGAAGAAGUGGACCGAGUCGACCAUCUACAUGACAAACUUGGCUCUGAUGGAUCUGAUUCUCCUCCUCCAACUUCCCUUCAAAAUGCAUGCUACAAAUUAUUCGUGGCCCACUGAACUCCUACAGUUCUGCACCAUCCUGGAAAACCUUUAUUUUGUCGGGAUAUACGGCAGCAUCUACACCGUCAUGUGCAUAGCAGGCGAUAGAUGGAUAGCAAUCUGUCACCCCUUCAAAGCCAAACAGCUGCGCUCCCCCAAAGCAGCUCUGAUCAUGUGCAUAGGCGUCUGGGUCGUGGUGUUCUCAGCAACCUUUCCAAUCAUCCACAGCUUCAAAGGGGGCAAUGAAACUGGGAAUGUCCACUGCUUCCACAGGUUUUCAAAGAACAGGUGGAAUCCCUCUGUGAUCAGCUGCCUGCAGGUGUUUGGGUUUCUUGGGCCUGCGCUGGUGAUAAUUUACUGUUCAGUUCGAACAAUCUGUGCACUGCACCAAUCCGGCAAAAAUAGCUCCAAGUGCCGGGCCUGUGUGAAGAUCAUCUACAGCAGCCUGAGCGCCUUUUUAGUGCCGUUCACCCCAAGUCACCUGGCCAUUUUCCUGCAGUUUCUGGUGCACCGAGGGGAGAUUACAGACUGCAGCUCCAUGACAAAAAUCAACCUCUUCAUACAGGUGACCAUGUGUCUGUCCAACAUCACCUGCUGUCUGGACGCUCUGUGUUACUACUUUGCUGCUCAAGAGGCGAGAAGCGCCAGACAGUCCAUCAAGAUUUCAUUAACCAGAGAAAGGAAACACACCUUCAGUACAUCUGAAGUCUGAACUCUACACGCCUCAUGGUGGGACCACCUUCCUAUUGUACACUCUUUAACUUGUGUAUAUCUUUGAUUUUUCAUGGCCGUGAGUUUUAAAAACGAACAGGCAGUUGAUGAGGAAGUGUUGCAUGCACUGACAGAAUGGUAGAGCUGCAGCAGUUUGGUUUAAAGAACCUGCUGAGGUGAACUUAACGCUACAUAUUUCGACCCAGCAGCAGGAAGCAAUAGUGCCACACUGAUAUGCUAAGGGACGACUGCAGAAAAGAAAAGCUUUGACCGGAAAGCCACAGUGUGAUGUUUGUUUUUAAGAGAAAAGUUCAAGCUGGAGGCGCUUUCAGUUCUCUUACAAAAAUUCAGAGAACUCAGUUAAAUUGAAUUUGAAAUCCAUGAACUCUGGUUGCAAAUAAUUUAAAACACCAGUUAAUUUAAUUCCUUGUACCCAAAUUCAAAAGACAAUGUAUUUUUUUAUUUUGUCUAAAGGUUUAUUAAUAAUGAAAAACCUUCAGCCAUAAAUUAUCUUCAGUUCCUUGAGUUUUCUUGGAACGAGGUGAAUAAUGCUUUAAAAACCCCAACAAAUGUAAUUUCUAUCCAUUAGUUCAGGGUUUAUUUUUGUCACCAGCGGUUUUUAAAUAGGAUAAACUUUCUAGCUGGUCUAACAUGUUUGGAGCAUGUCGGCUUUUAAAGAAAUACAGUAAAAUUGAUUCAUUUUAUAGACGUAAAUUAUUUUGAAUCAUUUGUAUUCAAAACUUUAAUGCAAAAGUAAUUUAUUUUUUAUAUUUCCUGUAAAUUUUACUCCGUCACAGAUUACCAUCCUUCCCGUUUCAAAGUGUGCGGGUUUAAUGAUUCAUAACAUCAGCUGUCUGUUCUUAGUGUCAAUUCUGCUGUUUAUUUGUAUAUUUUCUGUUUUCUGUCGUUUUAAACUUCCUGAUGUACUUUUAAAAUUCCAAAUGUGCAAUUUUUGACACAAUGAGGACAGCUGUAAACAGCAGUCACUCUAGUGUGUUGACGGUUUCAAACCUAAAUGUAAAUGCAUUCACUGUGUACUUAAGCUGAAAUGUGUAGAUACUGUGAAGUUUUUGUCAAGAUUUGUUUCCCAGACAUUUUAGCUUUGACUGGAAACAUUUUUAGUUUGCAUAAUUCUCAUCUUUGCUGACUUUAAAAUUUGUAUUUUUGGCAUUUCAUUUGUUUUCCAGUUUGUAUUACCGGUAGUGGAAUUUUUUUGAGCAACAUAACUGACAUCUGAAUUGUAAAAAGAAAAUCAGAGAAACAAAUAUGUAUAGUAACACUUGUUUUGCAGAACUUUUAAAACCGAGUUAGACAACUUCA